UCACAAAUGGAGAGGAAGAUGAGUGCUAUGGCUUGUGCCGUCUUCAAUGACCUUCACCUGGAAGGAAAACUCUGCGAUGCGAUCAUCAGUGUGGACGGCACUGAAUUCAACGCUCACAAGAACAUCCUCUGCAGCUGCAGUCACUAUUUCAGGGCUUUGUUUACCAGCGGCUGGAACAACGCAGAGAAGAGAGUCUAUAAAAUCCCCGGCACGUCACCUGAAAUGAUGAAGCUCAUUAUCGAGUAUGCCUACACCAGGACAGUACCCAUCACAGCUGACAAUGUUGAAGCUUUGCUAAUAGCAGCAGACCAGUUCAAUGUCAUGGGCAUCGUCCGGCUGUGCUGUGAGUUCUUAAAAUCCCAGCUGUGCUCAGAAAACUGCAUCGGCAUCCACAGACUCACAGAUCAUUACUACUGCCCCGACCUGCGGGAAGCAGCCUGGACGUUCAUCCUCCAUCACUUCGAGGAGAUGACCACGGUGUCCACAGAGUUCCUCCACCUCUCUGUCAACGAGCUGAAGAACAUCAUUGAGAAAGACGAGCUCAAUGUGAAAGAAGAAGCUGCCGUCUUCGAGGCUCUUGUGAAAUGGAUUGCUCACGACCCGCAGAACAGGAGGCAGCACAUCACGGUCUUGAGCUGGAGCGGGGAGACCCCAACCAACGCCAUCGAGACAUACGAUGUCCGUGCAAACAAGUGGGCGAAUGUCACAUGUGAGCAAGCAAGCCCCGUCGCCUAUCAUGGCACCGCUUAUUUGAAAGGCUUCAUCUACAUCAUUGGAGGGUUUGACAGCGUGGAUUACUUCAGCAGCGUCAAGCGGUUUGACCUGCUGAGGAAAACCUGGCAGCAGGCUGCACCCAUGCACUCGCAGCGCUGCUACGUCAGCGUCGCCGUUCUCGACGACUCCAUCUACGCCAUGGGAGGGUUCGAUGGACACACGCGCCUCAACACGGCAGAGCAGUACGAGCCGGAGACAAACCAGUGGACGCUGAUAGCCCCCAUGCACGAGCAGAGAAGCGAUGCUAGUGCGACCACGCUGCGUGAAAAGGUGUACAUCUGUGGUGGGUUCAACGGGAACGAGUGCUCGAUGACAGCUGAAGUGUACGAUGCCACCACAAACCAAUGGACCUUGAUAGCGCCGAUGAGCAGCAGAAGAAGCGGAGUCGGCGUGAUCGCCUACGGAAACAAAGUCUACGCGGUAGGAGGGUUCGAUGGAGUCGACCGGCUUCAGACCGUGGAAGCUUACAGCCCCGCUGCCAACGAGUGGCACACGGUCCCCAGAAUGCUCAGUCCUCGCAGCAACUUUGGCAUCGAAGUGGUGGAUGAUUGGUUGUUUGCGGUCGGUGGCUUUAAUGGUUUUAUGACGACUUUCAACGCCGAGUAUUACGACGAAAAAGCUAACGAGUGGCACGACGUUCAAGACAUGGGCAUCAACCGUAGCGCUCUGAGCUGCUGCGUGGUGCCAGGUCUACCCAACAUCAGGGAGUACGUCGCCAGAUGAGACUGCUAUGAGCACAACUCUCCAACGGACAUCAGCUUCACUUCUGCCACCAGGAGCCUGUCUGUAUAA